GUCUGCGCAGAGCCGAGCCGGUCUGUCCGCGUCACAGUAGAGAUGGCCGCCUCCACAGUCCGCUGCUCUACACGCUGGAUUUUGAAGGCUCUGCCGCGGCGCAGCGCGACUUCUGCAGCUCUCAGCUCCGCUACUCGCGGGCAUUUCUCCGGCCUGACUGCUGCCGGGGGUCGGUGUUAUACCGGGGGGCUCCGCUGGAGUCUCUGCAGGCGGGAGAACAGCGUGACAUUGGGGGAUUUCUCCGGGUUUAAAGGCCUCCAUGUUUUUAGCUCCUGCUCCUUCCACAGCAGUUCGGUGCGGCAUGAGAAGGAGGAUUACUACAGUUUGCUCGGGCUUUCGCGCUCCGCUACGCAGAAAGAGAUUAAGAAAGCCUAUUACCAGAUGGCAAAGAAAUACCAUCCUGACACCAACCCAGACGAUCCUCAGGCUAAAGAGAAGUUUGCCAAAGUGGCUGAAGCUUAUGAGGUCCUGAGUGAUGAAGUGAAGAGGAAGCAGUACGAUACUUACGGGUCAGCUGGGCCAGGUGCUGGAACAGCGGGGCAGGAACAGUACUGGAGAGGCGGAGCCAGCGUGGAUCCAGAGGAGCUCUUCAGGAAGAUUUUUGGAGACUUUGCAGGGGGGCGGGGCUUUGCAGACUUCACUUCAAUUUUUGACCAACCACCUGAGUUUGUGAUGGAGUUGACGUUCACUCAGGCAGCUAAAGGAGUGAAUAAGGAGAUCACCGUGAACAUAGACGACGUCUGUCCACGCUGCGAUGGCAAAAGUUAUGAGCCAGGCACCAAAGUCACACACUGCCACUACUGUAACGGCACAGGCAUGGAGUCUAUAAACACCGGCCCGUUCAUGAUGCGCUCCACAUGUCGCCGCUGCAGUGGGAGGGGCUUCAUCAUGAUCACGCCGUGUGUGAUGUGCAGAGGAACAGGCCAAACCAAACAGAAACACACCGUCACUGUACCCGUGCCUGCAGGGGUGGAGGACAAGCAGACAGUGCGGAUGCCCGUGGGAAAGAAGGAGAUUUACAUCACAUUCAGAGUCCAGAAGAGUCCAGUGUUCCGGCGUGAUGGAAGUGAUAUCCACUCUGAUGUGAUGAUCUCAGUGGCUCAGGCCAUUCUAGGAGGAUCAGCUCGAGCCCAGGGCCUGUACGGAACUAUUGACAUACCGAUUCCUCCUGGAAUUCAGACGGAUCAGAAGAUUCGACUGGGUGGUAAAGGCAUCGCCCGCAGGAACAGCUACGGCUAUGGAGAUCACUACAUUCACAUCAAAGUCAGAGUGCCCAAGAAGUUAAGUGGUAGGCAGCGAGAGCUGAUUGAGAGCUUUGCUGAGGAGGAGACGGGAGUGGAGGGCACAGUUACUGGAGUCACGAGAUCUGCAGCAGGGAAUUCUCAGCAUGCAGGGAAGGUUCCUGAUGAAGAGCAGAAAAGAGAAGAACAGCAGCCAGAGAAGGAAGAGGGAGGAUUUUUCUCCAAAUUGAAGAAAAUGUUCUCCUGAAGCUCAGUUCAUGGAAAAAGAAAGCAGAGUGAUCGUCACCUGGAGGAAUACCACCCACGUUAUUAUCAGUCCAUAGAGGUUUAUACCUGUACAUCCGACAACCCGAUCGGCAGAGGCUAGGAGACCAAUCACAAGGAGAAUGAUCAGAUCUGUCAAUCAAAGGACUAAAGGAAUGCAGGCGCUGAUGGUUGUAUGAUAAGCUGAGUCUGUGUGGUUAAAGAGUCCCUGCUGGAGUCACAGGUGUUUCUGCAGAAAAUAUGCGGAGCUCGCGGCUCACCUAACUCAUACUUAUUUUUUGUUUGUUGUUCUGUUAUCAAAGUGGCCGUCUACAUAGACAGCAAAGCAGAAAGCCCUGAGUCACCUGGACAGGUAUCAUAAUGUACACUUAAUUUAUUUUGUCAGUAAAAAAGCGAUUUUUAAAAAAAAUUGUGUGAUGUUUUAUUCUAUCACUAUUUUUUGAGAAAUAAAACACAGUACACAUCAUCUCCUAAUAUUAUUAGAUUAUUUAUGGCCAAAAACAAAAGCAUAUAGUACUAAGUAUAUGUAGUAUUAAGUAUUUUGACUAAAUAAUAGUCUUUUAUUUAUUUUUUUAAGAUGGGAUAUAAUAGUGCCAUAUUAUUGUGAUAUGUAAAUAGACACAUUUUUUUUGCAUAUUUUUCACACUUUUGAUUUUGAUAUGAAAUAAAGACAACACUACACACCAAACACAAGCCAGUAUUUAAAUUAUUAUUCAAUUUAUUAAUGAUAAAGGUUAAGUUCAUGGCAACAGUCUCAUGUAAAGUUCCUUACAGCAAUUUCUCAGUCAUUUUAUAUAUAUAUUGACAUAUAAUGAAAAUUCCAAGAGCAUCACAGGACCAUGUGUGAAUGUGUUUGUUCUUGUGAACUUAUUUUAAGAAUGAGUGCUGAGUUAGUGCUAGAGAUAAAACUAGCUCUUUUUAAAAGUGUACUUUUGCUUUCACAGAUCUGAUCCAACCAUAUAAAAGGUUUAAUGAAAUGUUUUAUGAUUCAUAGAACUAGUUCUGGCUUGAUUUCUUGAUUAAAAUAUAAAUUAUGAAAUUGUGUUAUUUGUGUUGCAUUAGGAUUUUAACCUUAAGAAAAUGAACAACAACAAACACGAAUGAGCUGCUCAGAGAAUUUAUGUACCAUAUUUUUCACACCAAAAAACACCAUAUUAUCAGGCGCACUAACAAUGCGUCUUUUUUCUGGUCUAUUUUUAUACACAAGGCGCACCGGAAAAUAAGAUGCCUUUUAAGCGACACUACAUUUUCUUUCUAAAUCAAACGAGUGCUGGAUUUUAGUCUACACAGAUUUCUCUCCUAAAAAACAGUUUAAAGUUUUAAGUAAAGUGCUUCUGUUUAUUUACAAUAAGCUUAGAUUUCCAGUAUUUUUAUAACAGUGGUUAGCAGCACCAUGUAGCUUGUUUUAACACAGUAAACACUGACUACAGUGUGAUAUAUUCACCUCUAAAUGGAGAAAGAGCUAGUGCUGUGGUUAGUGGCUAAUGCUAAUCCUGCUCCAGCUCUGGUGCUGAAGAACUAAACUGAAACUCCUGUAUAACUCUGUCCUUCAGCAGAGUGGCUUUACCGCUCCUUAAUUUUACCUGACUGUAAAAUUUAUACAUAAGAUGCACUGAAAUGUAAAGAACUGUUUGCCCCAAUAGCUUCUAAAUCCUUGAGUAAUGCAGUUACAAACUUCACUGUAGUGUGUGUGUGUGUGUGUGUGUGUGUGUGUGUUGCCUAUCUAGACACCCAUCCUUUACAGUCAGCACUCAACCAUCACACACUGCUCUCUCAACCAGGAACGACCGUCCACCUGCAUGACUGCACCGGGCAUUAGGGUACUGACCCAGGAAACAGAUCCAUAUCAUACACUCAUAUAUACAUUUACACACAUGCAUGUUUGGUCAGUUUAGAGUAUCAAAUUUAAUUGGGUAAAGGUUCCUAGCAAUAAGAUGAUUCUUAGGUGGUCAAGUCAGUUUCACACUGGGCUAGCACAUUUACCUCCCAGCACUGUCCAUGUUAAGAUGUUCAUAAUGCUCAAAGUCCACCAAAGAUGAAGCCCAGAUGAAAAUCUUAAACAGUUGUAAGUUGUGGUUCACAUACCCACCACAAAAUGUUCUGCAGCUUACAGAAAAUUAUACUGGGCCAUUUACAACCACUGUCUUUCUGUCUCUUUUUUCUCUCUCUUUCUGUUUUAAUUUGUAUGAUGCAAAUACACAAAUAAAGGAAUUUAUUUUACAAUCACUGUUUGCCUUGAAUAAUACAGGUACAUAAUUAAUUACAGAAUAUUGUUGUGAAUAAUAUAUUAAAAAAGUUAUUGACCCCACUACUACAAAUGUCAUUUUAUGUUUAGUUAAUAUUGAUUCCAUUAUUUACAUAUCCACUAUAAAUGUCUUAAGAAGAGGAACAAAUGAGAUUAAUCACAAUUGAACCCAGAAUACAGUUUUUUUUUUUAUCCACACAAGAAAAUAGAAGUAAUUGAGAUUUUUUUUACCAUACAAUGUGAAAGCAGCCUAUAAAAAAGAUAGAUAAUUUGUCCAAUUACUU